AUGACUAUGAAAUUCAUCGUUGGAACCAAAGGUUUGACUUCGGAGCAGUUGGAGGGACUUGCCUCCGAGUCAGACAUGUUCCAAGACCUUCUCUACCUUCCAAACCACAAGGAGGCGUACUCCAAUCUCACUGCCAAGGUCCUCAGUAGUUUAAUCUGGGCCAACAGAAACCUGGACUUUGACUUCCUGAUAAAGGCAGACGACGAUUCUUACGUUCGUAUCCCUUCUCUGCACACUGCUCUGCGAGACUUGGGAUGUCCGCACAGACCUCUACUGGGGCUAUUUCAUUGGUCACUCGGUGCCGGAAACGUCCGGGACGCUGGGCAGAGAAGCACUGGACCAUUUGCCCACACUACCUCCCCUACGCCAUGGGUGGAGGUGACAUACCGCCAUGACCUGAGAUUCAACACUGAGGCCACCAGUCACGGCUGCAACAACAACUACAUCAUCUCCCACAAGGAGAAAGUGAGAGGAAUCUACGAGAAGUACGUUCAGCUCAAGAAGAACGGAACUCUGUGUCUGGAGGAGAAGGAGAUCAGACCAGCUUACAUCUACAACUGGUCUGCAGUGUCUCCGAUGAACUGCUGUGAGAGAAUAAAGGGCCUCCACGUACCUCCAUGA